AAAAAUGUUUUAUAUUUCUAUGAGAGGAAAUACUCCUAAGGUUAAGAUUUACAUAGAACUACACUACUAACAAAUCAAAGUAUUUGAAAAUUUGUAACGGAUUUCUUAUUCAACUAUCAAGUACAGGCAACACCGAGCGCAAAUGACAAAAGAAAAAUAAAUGACAGCUGAUAAAAAACAUGUCAAUGUCGAGCUAAACAACUCAAAUUAUUGCUCGUUACAUUUUUAAAUUUUGCUCUGGAGACAAACGAAAUACUAUAUUGUUAUAUUUAGAUAUAAACAAAAAAUGUUUAAUUGUGCAAUGAGACAAGUAGAAGAACGACAUGUAACUUAUCAGGUAGAUUUAAUGGUUUGGAGUAACCGGCUGGAUUUAGUAGCUAUUAGCAAUUUCAAAGGUGAAGUUCAAGUACAUAGAUUACAUUGGCAAAAAGUGUGGAGUUUACCUGCCCCAAAAGAAAAUGUAACCGUACAGAGUAUUGCAUGGAGACCUGAUGGCAAGGCAUUGGCAAUUGGUUACAGUUUUGGUAUUGUCUAUGUUGUUGAUAUUGAGGACAAAGAGAUUUUAGACAAAUAUGAUUUUAGUGCUGAAAAUCCAGAAGACCCAUAUGAUUGUAAGCCUGUAGGCAUUUCUUGCAUCACUUGGGCUGUUAAAGCUGGAGUGUUAGAGAGUGCAACAGAAUACAAUGUUUAUGAUGAUGCAACUAUAUUCUUGAGAAAACCACCUUCUCCAAGCACUUCAUAUAAAAAUCAAGUUUCUGAUGAUACAGUUAAAUCAUAUAAAGAAAUACCAGAACCAUCACAGUUGAGCAUGUUACUGAUUGGAUAUGGCAAUGGGAAUAUUUACAUGAGCAUAUUUGGUCGAUAUCCAUAUGGCACUAUACUUUUGGCAGAAUUAGUUAAUGAUGAAUGUGGAGAAUAUAAAAUUCUAGACAUCAACUUGUCUCAUGAUUUUAGUGUCAUGCAGGUUCUUUAUUUAGACAAGGUCACCAAAAAUGUAUACAUGUCAGUAAUAAAUACAAGUGUAUUGUCAGCAUAUUCUGAAGAAUUGUUUGUGGUGGCAAAUAAACAUUGUCAAAUUGUUCAAUUAUUGUCACACCUUGAUCAAACAAUGAUUUCAAUAACUGAAGCUUGGGAACAUAUUUUACUUGAAAUGGAUUCAAAGAUGGCUCAUUACGCUUCAUCAGUUCCUAAAGGGGGAGUUUCAGCUGAUCUAUUGGAAUUACUUAUGUUAGGUGUACCCUCCGAUGAACUUGAACUGUUCUUACUUCAAGAGUUGACAUCAAAAGGUUUAAAAAAGUUUGGCAGUUCAGUGGAAUUAAGUUACUCUACCAUACAAAAGCUUGUUCUUAAACAGCUAAAUAUUGUUGGACACAAUUUAUCUUAUUACCUCUCAGAUAUAAGAGGACUUACUAGAAUACCAGAUAGAUUUAAGAUUCUCGGUUUGGAUGAGACCACUGUUACUCGAUCAAUCAGAGCAUGUUGUGCAUUUUUAAACAAAUGCCUAGAAUUACAGCAAGUCAUUGAUGUGUCAAUGCGGAACUACAAGGCAUUCUUUCGAUGGCUAUUUGUAGUUAUAAUCCGUUUACUUGAUGAACAGACACCUUGUGAGAUUGUCAAAAUGACUCAACAAGAAUUCACUCAUAUAGCUGAGCUUUUAUACAAUUUCGAUAAUGUACAGACUGAAGGUGACGGUACAUCAGAGAAACCUGUGAAAUUUAAUCUAGAAAGAUUAGGACAGUAUUUACAAGAUCAAGAUUUAACAAUUCUUCCUGAUGAUGAAGAUAACCCAUGGCAUAAGUUCCUUAAAGAUAAUUCGUGUUUGGUGAAUGACAGUGAUACGAUAUUCUCAAUGACUGAAUUUAGAAAAUUUUCUUUGGUUCAACAACAAAAAUACUUGAAGGAUGCAAUUAAUCAAGUGUUUGAUGUUACUGGAAAAAAUAUAGGCAAACAUUUUUCCGUCAUUUAUAAUACAAAAUGCUAUGAAAAUCGAGGUAUUUCAUCAAAUCCAGAAAAAACCUUAAGAAUCUCACAGACCUAUGAUUCAAAUCAAGAUAGAUUUGUGAUGGGUUUAGUAGACCAGAGGAAUGCACCUGAUAAGUUAUGUUUUAUGUCAAUUCAAAUUAAUGAAAAGUCAUGUUCGGCAGUUGCAACAAAAUAUCACUUUUCAUCAAGUUUAUUGCAAGAAGCAAACCAAAGCCAUAUAGAGGAUGAGUCUAUGGAAAUAAUGGAUCUGCAAUUUUAUUCAGCAGACUACCUUUCUGUACUUGUAAGGCAUCCAAGCCAUGAAGAAAACUCUAUUUUUAUUCAAUUGCCAGUAAAGAUUGUUUUAGAAAACGCUAAUGAUUUGAGCAUAAAAUCUAAGACUUGUGUUUUUAAUGAGAAAACAAAUGAAAAAGAUAUUUCGUCAUUUUUAGAUCAAAGUGUUUAUAAGAUACUUGAAAAAAUGGAUGGUUUUAGAAUAGCUGUAUCCGGUGGUCGUAAGGUAUCUGUGGUGCUAUCGAAAAGUCAUAGGAAAGUGAGAGUUUUCGAAAUGGAAGUAAAUGGUGAUGAUGAAGAGGAUGAAACGUUAGAUGCUACUCCGCAGUCUAGUCACACAGGUGAUCAACAAACACCUACAAAACAUGAUGCUUCUACAGAUGAUUUUAAUUAAUUAUUAAGUAAUAAAAGCUUAACUAUA